AUGUGCAAAUGUGCACCUGAAGAGAUUAUCCACUGUAGCAGAGCAGGACUGAGAGCCCUCCCUGGAGAAAUAGCAGCAUCUACUGUCUCUCUAAACCUCUCCAAUAAUUAUUUGCGGAUUCUCACAACCAAUACCUUCAGAAACCUGACUUUCCUCCACAGCCUCUGGCUAGAUGGAAACAAUCUGACUUUCCUGUCGCCAGGGACCUUCCACGCUCUCAGCAAGCUGCGAGAGCUGCACCUCAGCAGGAACCUGCACGCAAACACUUUCAGAGGACUAUUAAACCUCAUCAGCCUGGAUUUGUCCCACUGCAACAUCUUCGAAAUCCACCCACUUCUAUUUUCACACCUACCUUCUUUAGAAAGACUUGAUUUAGCCUCCAAUAACAUGCGGUAUGUCCCCCAAGCCUUUAGGAAUCUCUCCAGCCUCACAAGGCUGUCCCUGGAGGGCAACCACAUAGAAGCCAUUGGCAGAGAUUCCCUGAAGGACCUGGAAACCCUGUACGAUCUGAAUCUGAGGAAGAAUCGGAUAUGGAUCAUUCAAAAUGGCGCUUUUAAGAAGCUUCUCAGAUUGAGCGUGUUAAAUUUAGGACACAACUUCAUCGCUGAUUUGCCUAAUCAGCUUUUCGAUGGGUUGAUCCAGCUCAAGACCAUGCACCUUGAGGCCAACAGAAUCACUGCUGUUGACUGCACCUUCAGACAUCUGCUGAGCUUGAGAAACUUGUACCUGAACAACAACCAGAUCUCCCUGAUCUCAGACUCUGCUUUCUUGUACUUAAACAAGCUGCACUUCCUUCACCUGAGCAAGAACAACCUUAGCUCCCUCCCUAUCCGCUUGUUCGCUGAACUGCCAAAACUGAAGUAUAUGUUUUUAUCCCACAACCCCUGGAAAUGUGACUGCAAGAUGCUUUGGUUCUGGCGGUGGACUGCAACACGCAGGGGAGCGAUCGAAGGGCUGCACUGUGCCUUCCUGGGCUCUCACAACACCACAGCGCUCGAAGUCCCCCAUCCAGGGGACCUGAUGGACUGCAUGGUGCCACCUGAGCUGGCAAGUGAAGACAAGUGCAGGGUGGCUGGUACCAGCAUGGCUCCCAGACCCCCCGCUCUCCCCAGCGAGGUCAUCCUGCUGGCAUUUGUCUGCCACACGUGGUAUUUUGUGAGGGGAUGGGUUGCCUCCAUGGCCACAUUUUGA